AUGAGGUCCGCUGUUGCCGCUCUCGCCCUCUCUACGCUCGCAGCUACUGCUGCUGGGCACGCCACCUUCCAGGAGUUAUGGGUUGCUGGAAAGGAUGAAGAUUCUACUUGCGCUAGACUUCCGGCAAACAACAAUCCUGUCACCAGCGUAGCUUCCAAUGAUAUCCGCUGUAAUGUUGGAGGCACUAAAGCCGCGGCCGCUAAGUGCAGCGUAGCUGCCGGUGACACCGUGACGGUAGAGAUGCACCAGCAGCCUGGCGACCGUGACUGCACCAGGGAAGCCCUUGGCGGAAACCACUUCGGCCCCGUCAUGGUAUACCUGAGCAAGGUAUCGGAUGCUGCUUCGGCCGACGGAUCCUCGUCUUGGUUCAAGAUCUUCGAGGUCGGCUACGACCCUGCUACCAAGACAUGGGGUAACGACCUCCUCAACAAGGGCUGCGGCAAACAAGACGUCAAGAUCCCGUCCGAUAUCGCCCCUGGCGACUACCUCCUCCGUGCCGAAACCAUAGCGCUUCACACCGCAAGUCAGGCCGGCGGCGCACAGUUCUACAUGACCUGCUACCAAAUCACGGUCACUGGUGGAGGCUCUGCUAACCCAGCUGGAGUCAAGUUCCCCGGUGCAUACAGCGCCAGCGACCCUGGCAUCAAGGUCGAUAUCUGGGGCAACAGCUUCACCGAGUACAAGAUUCCUGGCCCGCCUGUGUACGAGGGUUAG